CCUUAUUAGGGAACACUACCGCGCAUGCGCACUCGGACUCUUCAAAACUGCGUCAACUUCAGGUUUUGACAGCUAAACUUUCUAAAGAUUUGGGAAGUUGUAGGACAUGAGCGAAGAUGGAUGAGGACGAUGCGUUCGAGGCCCCGCAGAGGAACGAGUACCGCUACCUGGUGCAGGAGGACGAGGACGAGGAGGUGCAGUACGUCCGGCACCGGCACUACAUCAGCCCCUUCCUGGUUCUGUCCAAACGCUGCAUCUUCCUGAUCUUCCUCGGCGUGGUCGCCCUGCUGGCGCUCGCCGCCUACCUGGGCUACGUGGCGCAGAUGCUGCCGCCGGGACGCGCACAGGUGUCGACGGACUGCGGCGAGUUCAGAGGAAAACAUGAAAACGGCGCCUACUCCUUUAAGGGCAUUCCCUACGCUGCUCCGCCGGUCGGUGAGCGGCGCUGGGCUCCUCCGUCCGACCCGCCGUGUAAGCAGGGCGUGACGGACGCCACGCGCUUCCGCAGCGUUUGCGCUCAGGUGCAGCCGAUGUCGAGCGCUGGGAAGGCGAUCGGCCAGGAGGACUGCCUGUUCGUCAACGUGUGGACGCCCACGCUGCGGCCGGACGCCGCGCUGCCCGUCAUGGUCUGGAUCCACGGAGGAUCCCUGCAGACGCUCAGCGGCGGUGAGCCCGGAUACUCGCCCACGGAGAAGCUGGCCGCCGACACUCAGCUGGUUUACGUCAGCUUCAACUACAGACUCAACGCUUUCGGCUUCCUGGCUCUGGAGGUGUUGAGAGAAGGUUCUCCAAAAAACACCUCAGGGAACUACGGUUUCCUGGACCAGAUCGAGGCGCUGAAGUGGGUCCAGAGGAACAUCCGUGGGUUUGGAGGAGACCCUGGAAGAGUCACGAUAUUUGGGCAGAGCUCAGGCGGGACUUCGGUGUGGACCUUGAUGACGUCGCCGCUGGCCAAAGGUCUGUUUCACGCCGCCGUGGAUAUGAGCGGCUCGUACGUACUGAAUGCGACGCUGGAAAAAGCCGAAUCGGACAACCUGGUGUUCCUGAAGAAGACGGACUGCAAAGACCUGGCCUGCCUGCGAGGUCUCUCCACGAGACAGGUGCUGCAGGCCAUCCCGUGGGACGAGUACCCGUCCUGGGCCGGAAGGGAUCUAACGGACCUCCCCACCAGGGGGCGCCUCAUCGGGCCGGUCGCCGUGGUGGACGGGUUCGUCCUGGAAGCUCCGCCUUUUGAGGUUUGGGAGAAAAAGCAAAACUUCAGCGACGUGCCGUUUGUAGUCGGGACGAUGGAGCAGGAGGCAGACUUCAGUCCUCCUGCUCUAAACAUCUCUGAUUGGACCUGGGGGGAUUACAGCCUGUAUGUAACAGAAAAGCUCCAGUCCUUCGGUCCGGAUCUCCCUAAAGACGCUCUGGAUCUGUACCCGUCCUCGGCCCCCUGCCCCACCAGAGACCGCUGUCCAGAGAGGGCCUUCACCACCAUGGUGUCUGACAUCAGGGUCACCUGUCCCAACAACGACCUGGCCAGGAGGGCCGCAGCGGCUCUCAGCAGUCCGGUGUAUCGAUACGUUGUGACCCACACGCCCUCCGGACCCGUCAACACCACCAACGGGCUGCUGUCGUUUCCCAGCCGCUUCUCCUUCCACUGCCUGGAUGCUCUGGCUUUCUUUGGAGAGCUGGACCGCUUCCUGCCCAAACCUCUGUCUCCUCAGGACCGGAGCUUCCAGCAGCUCUUCACUCACCACCUGGUCCACUUCGCCAAAACAGGGAGGAUGGAGGCGGUGUGGCCGGAGUUCCCAUCAGCCAUUGCUCUGCUGUCGGAGAAGCUGGAGGUGAAGAAGAACCACUCGUCCACUCGCUGUGAGCUGUGGGAGAAGAACGGUCUGUACGCCUACGCCUGGAUGAACUGAGCUGCUGGUUCCUCCCUGCUGCUGUGACGUUCUCCACCCUAACGGACAUUUUUCAGCUUAAAUCGCUCGUUUGCUGUGAUUUUUAUGAACCACUUCAGCUGAUGGUAGUUAGACAGUCCAACCAGAUCUGUUGGGAGUUUAAAAAGUGUCACUGUGGGAACAUGACAGAUGUUUCUGGGUGAGUUCAGUCUGCCUGACGGAGCUGAAGACCAAAGAAAAGUGGGAAAUGAGAGAAUUCAGAUGUUUAAGAUGGUGACAGAAAUAAUAAUAAUUUUCAGAUCCAUAAAGGGGAAAAAAAAACAAUCAAAACUCUUCCAACCACUAUGAUAGGUCUCCAUGUUUCAGUCCAAACCAGGGACUUGAGCUGGUUUUCUACCUGUAAAGGUGAGUUAGUUCAUCUGUUCAGCUGAAAAUGACUUCAUCUGCUGUUUGCUGUUUCCUUACAAACUAACUUAGUCAAGCUGAGAGUUUUAGGGUUUAAAUCCUUGAAGACGGACCAAUCAGAACUUCAUGUUUUAUUUUUACUUCAUUUUAGAUCACAAUUUAUAUUUUCCAACUUUGUUUUAAAGAAACAAAACAUUCCUGUCCAAUAGGGAAUAAAAUCAUAUUGAAAAACCCAGAGAUAACUACCCUGCUUGGCCAGUAGGUGGCGACAAAUCAGUUCAGCUGCAGCUCAGUGAUGUUUUAUUCACCUUCACAUCUCCUCACAAAACUCCACCUGAACCAACCCUGAAACAAAUCUCUGAA